GGUCACGAGACUCCAAUGACCAUCCCUGAGUUUUUCCGAGAUUCGGUCAACCGAUUCAGGAUAUAUCCAGCCCUUGCAUCAAAGAACGGCAAAAAGUGGGACAUUCUGAAUUUCAAGCAGUACUAUGAGGCUUGUCGGAAGGCUGCCAGGUCCUUGCUCAAGCUGGGCUUGGAGCGUUUCCACGGAGUUGGCAUCCUGGGGUUUAACUCUGUGCAGUGGUUUAUUGCUGCCCUUGGCUCCAUCUUAGCAGGGGGCCUUUGUGUUGGUAUUUAUGCCACCAACUCUGCUGAGGCUUGCCAAUAUGUCAUCACUCAAGCCAAGGUGAACAUCUUGCUGGUAGAAAAUGAUCAACAGUUACAGAAAAUCCUUUCGAUUCCACAGAGCAGACUGGAGACCCUAAAGGCGAUUGUCCAGUACAAGCUGCCGAUGAAGGAGAACAAUAACCACCUGUACUCUUGGGAUGACUUCAUGGAACUUGGCAGUAGCAUCCCUGACACCCAGCUGGAGCAGAUCAUUGAGAGCCAGAAGGCUAACCAAUGCGCGGUGGUCAUCUACACUUCAGGGACCACAGGCCACCCCAGGGGAGUAAUGCUGAGUCACGACAAUAUCACGUGGAUGGCAGGGGCAGUGGCAAAGGACUUCGAACUGGCCGAGAAGCGGCAGGUGGUGGUCAGCUACCUCCCCCUCAGCCACAUUGCGGCACAGAUGCUGGACAUCUGGAUACCUAUAAAGAUUGGGGCGCUCACAUACUUUGCUCAGCCAGACGCUCUCAGGGGCAGCUUGUUAAACACUCUGCAGGAGGUAAAGCCUACCAUCUUCAUGGGGGUGCCCCGAAUUUGGGAGAAGAUGCAUGAUACGGUCAAGGAAAAGAGUGCCAAGUUUUCCAGCUUGAGGAAGAAGGUGUUUUUAUGGGCAAGAUCCACUGGCAUGCGGAUCAACACAAAAAGGAUGGUGGGGCAACGUGAGAACACCGUGAGCUACCGCAUGGCUAAGAGGCUUGUGUUCAGCCACGUCAAGAGCUCCCUGGGCUUGGAUCACUGCCACAUUUUCACUAGCGCGGCUGCCCCUCUCACCGAAGAGACCGCCGAGUUCUUUCUAAGCUUGGACAUACCUAUAAGCGAGAUAUAUGGGAUGAGCGAGACCUCUGGGCCCCACACAGUAUCCACACAAAAUAACUACAAGUUUCUAAGCUGCGGCAAGAUCUUGACUGGGUGUAAGAACAUGCUGCUCAAGCAGAACAAGGAUGGCGUUGGGGAGGUCUGCAUCUGGGGCAGGCACGUCUUCAUGGGCUACCUGGAGAGUGAGGCUGAAACGCUUGAGGUCUUCGAUGAGGAAGGCUGGCUGCAUUCUGGGGACCUGGGCCAAAUGGACAGUCAUGGUUUCCUCUACAUCACCGGCUGCAUCAAAGAACUCCUCAUCACUGCCAGCGGUGAGAAUGUGGCCCCCAUUCCCAUUGAGAACUUGGUGAAGAAGGAAAUCCCCAUCAUCAGUAACGCCAUGUUAGUGGGAGAAACGGCCAAGUUUCUGAGCAUGUUGCUGACGCUUAAGUGUGACGUGGAUCGGAGGACUGGAGAACCUCUAGACCACCUGAACGUGGAGGCCAUCAACUUCUGCCGGAAGCUGGGCAGCAAGGCCUCCACUGUGACGGAGAUCGUGAAGCUGCGGGACCCCCUGGUCUACGCAGCCAUCCAGCAAGGCAUAGACUCUGUGAAUGAGAAGGCCAUUUCCAAUGCGCAGAAGAUUCAGAAGUGGGUCAUCCUGGAGAAGGACUUUUCCAUCUAUGGCGGAGAACUAGGUCCAACGACAAAACUUAAGAGAAAUUUCAUAAUCCAGAAACACAGAAGGCUAAUCGAUAACUUCUACCACUGA